AUGUAUGCGACACCGCAGUAUCCACCGGGCUACACCCACUACGACUACUACCGAACCCCUCCAGUGUCGCCGUCGCCAAACCCUCAAUACUACUCCCCGCGAUACUCGACCCACAAUGCCUCCCCGUCCCCGCGAGCCUCUCCCUCCGUAAAGGGCCACAGCCGACGCGCGAGCCACCACGACCCUCCACAAUACACGGCCUAUGCCUCACCUCGUCCAUCUUACUAUGGUCGGUAUGCCUCGCCGCAACAUCAGGCAUACUACGCGUCGCACAAUACCACGUCGCGACGCGAAUCCGACUAUGCACGGCGCUACACCGGUACGGACGCAUAUCCAGACCGCGACGCCCGUACUUCACACUACGCCGGCCGGACGUAUGUUGUCUUUGACGACAGCGACGACUAUCCGUACGACCACAACAGCCGCACGCCACCUCCUCCCUACGAGGAAUAUUAUCACCAUUACCGCUAUGCGCAGCCCGCUGAUCAUUCUCAUCGCGAUCAGGUCCCCGUAUACACAGGUACAGAUAGUGUGCCCCAGCAGCCCCCGCGUGCUCGACGACACUCCAACAACACCACCACCCGUCCCACACAACCGCAGCCAAAGUCAAAGCACCCACCCAAGCCCUCGCACCCCGCUGCCACCGAAGAAGACGCCCGCCGCGCACAGAUACCUGCUGGCUACAACACCAAGAACUGGGACCCCGCCGAAGAGCCCAUCCUCCUUCUCGGCAGUGUCUUUGACGCCAACAGUCUCGGUCGGUGGAUUUACGACUGGACUGCCUUUGUCCACCCGCGCGCCUCCCCCCUUGCCGAGAUGGCCGGCGACCUGUGGAUCCUCCUCAUCAAGCUGGCCGGCAACGUCAAGCGCGCCGAGGAAGUCAGCCCGCUCGUCCGGUGCAAAGAGUCGCGCGAGAUUGUCGAGGACUUUCUCGAGUCCGGCGAGCGGCUGUGGACCCGGUUCGGCAAGCUGCUAAAGGUGUGCGAGGAGUACAUGUGGAAGCCUUCAAAAGACGGCAAGUCAGGGCGGGCGGAGAAGCCGGCCGUCAUGGGCCGCGACAGCGGUGUCGAGUUUGUCGACAGCAUGUUUGGCCGUGACCGCGAGCUGGAGCGCACGGAGAAGCUGAUGACGGCGAUGCGACUGUGGGACAUUCGCUUCGAGGCCAACUGCAAGGACAUCCUGAAGCACCCCGACCUUUGA